AUGGCCGCGAGGGGCGACGCGUCUUCAUCGUCGGCCUCACCAUCUUCAUCACCACCGCAACGCCGGCCGUCCAUCCGCGCACGCGCCGCGCGCCGUGCAGCCUCGCUUCAGUCGGCCGCAUCCAUCCACACCCGCGCGUCCGCUCCCCUCGGCGCUGCGUGUCGCUCCUCCGCUCAUACGCUUCCCGUGCAAUGGCUGGAUGAAACCCAGAUAUUUCCCAUACAUCACCUAUACAUUGGCUGGAUGCAGGACGUACAAUGCCCGUACGCUGCUCCACCAAGCGCUGCUCUCGCCUUGGCCGCGUCCAUGUGCGUCGUGCCCGCUGCUCGAGCGCUGCUGCUCGUUGCGUCCUCCUAUGCCCCCGUGACUGGCUCGCUUCCCACCUCGCGCGCAACCCCGACGGCCCCGCCCGCGCCGCAGGUCCGCUCCAUCCUCGCCCGCCGACCCGGCCCGCUCGCGCCGCCGCGCUGCCCCGGCUCCGCGCGACCCCGGCGGUCGCGCCCGCGUCGCCCCUCUUCGCUGCGCCUGCGGCUUCCGCGUCGCUACUCCACCUCGCCGCCGCUCCGGGCGCGGGCCUCGCAUCUCGCUCCUCCGCACGCGUUGGCCUGGUCUCUGCCUCGGCCCGCACCCGCCUGGCGCCGCUCGACCCCCGCCGCGACUCGCGUCUGCGCUCGCUGCAUCGCCCAAUCGCCGGGCCUCCUCCUCAACGCCCAGCAGUGCGUCCACGUCCGCCCGCGCCGGCUCCGCUCCAAGCCCCGCCUCCGGCUUGCUGACCUCCGCUGCUGGCUCCGCGCGCGUCGUCGACCUGCUCCGCCUCCCGCGGCUCCCGCGUCGCCGUGCCGCCUGCCCGCAUCCCGGACUCCUCCGUCCGCGUGCUGGCCUGCAUCGCCCCGCGCACCCGGACGCCGACUCCCAUGCUCCGCGCCCGCCCGCCGGCUGCCGGCUCCCGCCGCGCCCCGCUUCCCGGCCGCGUCCGGCUCCCCGACGGCGCCCCGCGCCUGGCUGGAUCCGGCUAGCUCCCGCGCCGGCUACUGCGCGCCCGCCUGCUCCCACGCCGGCUGCGGCAGGCCCGGCCGGCUCCCGCCCACCCCGUGGCUGGCUCGCCGCUAG